CAUGGGAUGUCUGAGCAUAACCACUAUUAGAAGAGAAACCGGAGCUUGCAAGAAGGUGUAUUCAUAGUUACUGCUGAGCCUUGGGAGACCAUGUCUAAUGAACUUGAUUAUCGGCCAGUCAUGCUCCUACAGAAUGACAGCAUAAACCUUCAAAAGUAUCCCUACGCCGGGGAAGAUGAGGCUUGGUCUAAGUAUUUGGACAAUCCAAUGACAGCAGCUACCAAAGCAAUGAUGAGAGCAAAUGGGGAUGAUGAUGGAGUGGCUGCACUGAGUCUUCUCUACGAUUACUACAGGGUACCAAGAGAAAAAAGAAUAAUUUCCCCAAGUUCAACAGACCGCUGUGAACAAGUAAAAAGGAACUGCAUUGACUACGAUUCCGACAUUUCAACCUUCGAAAAUUCUACGCAGCUUCUGAAAUUUCUAACUGAUAGUUCAUCUACUGCACAAGAAUACACAGAAAUGCACAAAAAGAGCAGCUAUCUAACAUUGGACUGUUUUAUAAACCCCAACAAACUGACUUUACCAGCAAACAGCAGCAAACUAACCAAUGAAACACAUGACGAUUUCAUGACUCCAUCGUGUGAUGUGUAUGAGAAGAAUCCAAUGAACACUCUCUUUGAACCACUCCAUGUACCACAACCUCAACAGAGAUGGCAGCCAGACAGUACCUUCAAAGAGGACUCACCAGAGCCCCUAAUAUUCAGUGACAUACUAAGAAGCCAGGCAGAGUCCACCUGUCCUGAAAGCUGCUUACAAGGGGAAGCGGAUCGUGACUUUGAGUACACACUGGAAUCCCCCAAAGCUAUUCAUGUAAAGUCUGGAGAUUCUCCAAUGGCAUAUCUCAAUAAAGGUCAAUUUUACCCUGUCAACCUGAGGAUGACAGACACCAGGAAAUGUUUGCAGUUGUCUUCUAAUAAAGUCAAGAGCGUUGUCAUGGUAGUCUUUGACAAUGAGAAGAAUCCAGAAGAACAGCUAAAACGCUGGAAGCAUUGGCAUUCCAGGCAGCCAACAGCUAAGCAGAGAGUUAUAGAUGUUGCUGACUACAAAGAAAACUGCAACACUGUAGAAGGUAUUGAAGAAGUGGCAUACAAUGCUUUGUCCUUUGUGUGGAACAUCAAUGAAGAAGCUAAGAUAUUUGUUGGCAUCAAUUGUCUGAGCACAGACUUCUCAUCUCAGAAGGGAGUCAAGGGUGUGCCUCUAAACCUCCAGAUUGACACAUAUGACUACGAGACUGGAGUGAAGAGACUCAUCCAUCGGGCCAUCUGCCAGAUCAAAAUAUUCUGUGAUAAGGGUGCUGAACGUAAGAUGCGUGAUGAGGAACGAAAACAGUUUAGAAGGAAAGGAAAGGUUGCAGAUGCAAGUAAAGAUGUAAAAACAAAUGUGCUACCAGGAUACAGAGGAACAGAUAUUACGUAUUUUAGACCAAUGACUAAUUUGGAAAGCCAACCAGUCUUGUUUAUCCCAAAUGUUCAUUUUUCCAACCUUCAAAGAUGCGGCAUUGUACUUCCUGCUAUUACAGAUAGUGACAGGUUGGCAAUGAAGAGAAGUUGUCCAUCAUUUACAGAUGCUUUUGAUGGGACACCUUCCAAGAAACAGCCAACAGAAGACUCUCAAAGAGUGUUAUUGUAUGUACGAAGGGAAACGGAAGAAGUUUUUGAUGCCCUAAUGUUAAAAACACCAGAUCUCCCAGGUUUGCGGAAAGCGAUCUCCGAAAAAUACGGUGUACCAGAAGAAAGGAUCUGCAGAGUCUACAAAAAGUGUAAAAGAGGGAUCCUAGUGAACAUGGACAAUAAUAUUAUCCAGCAUUACAGCAACCAUAUGGCUUUCGAAUUUGAGUUGACAGACAGAGAUGGGAAUAUUCAAGUCACACUUAAAGAAUUAUAACAUUCCUUUAGGACACUCUUAAAAGACUUGAGCCAAGGGAUGAGACCCAAACACGACUGACCUCAAAACAUUGCUCAGCGCUUGCACUUGACCCAAGUGAGCAGAGCAUCAUACCACCAAGUAUUGUGAAGCCAGUGCUUCUUGGGAAAACAGACAUGGGACUUCUGUGUCACAAAAGACUAUUGUAUGAAAGAGACUUUGUAAAAUAUGAAAUGAUUUUUUUAUGGUAUCCAUAACUCGGGUGAAUUCAAGGCGAGAAGACAAGUGAAUGGACACGAGCCACAUGUACAUUGAGCUUGAGAAUGAAGAUGAAUGCUUAUAGGUGUUUAGCUGAUGCACCAACAAGAGUUUUAAGUAACCACCAAUAAUUCUGCCCUAUUGUUGAGUGGUCUUGAAAUGUGUAUGUCUGCUUGGAGAGCAAAUGUUGCUUGCAUACUAACUAGCAAUUAAAAUAAGUGGAUGUACCAGCAAUAUUACAAUAUUGUUCACUCAGCGAAAAUCCUAUGGAGGUUUGCAUUCUAACAUGGGAUAUUACACACAACACUGCUGCUCAUACCAAUACACCGGAAGCUCAUCACAGUAUGUUACAUUAGUAUACAUUUUCCUUUGCUGCUGAUAUUAGGUUAUAUAUAUAUAGUUUUUUUUUUU